ACUGCGAGGAGAGCAUGAUGCAAAGCGGUUAAGGCACGCGUUUUGGCCGUCGUGCGAUCGAUGACCGCACGCGUGCUCGUUAAUUGCAGUGACGAAUUUUUUGUGCACGUCGCGUCGUUCGUCGCACUUAACCGAGCGUUCGUUGAGCGCUCUCGUUGAACGUCGAUCGUUGUUAAUUUCGUCGCGAUCCAGGGCGUCAGUAAUCGUUCGAUUUGCCGGCCGCGUGUUACCAGCAGUGUGUCUGAAUUGUGAUAUAAAAAUUCGCGGAAAUGAUAAUGAAACUUGAGAACAGACUUUGUACGGCUAAUUUGGGAUUCGGUCGAACGACACCGGCCACGGCUGAAAGAGUAGGAAAAAAAGUUCGACGGUAACGAGAGAGUCGAAACGGGACGGGACAGGGACGGGUCGUUAGUGAUACUCUUCACAUUCUACUAAAGAAGCACGCGAUAUCGCGCUUAGAAUUAUUUUGUCGUUAAAGUGUUAAAAUGUCAGAAGAUUGAUGCGGAGAGAGAUCAACCAAAGAAAGCGCCUUCGAACGUGUUAUCGUGUGAUUAAAUUCGUGUCAAGCUGAAGAAAGCAAUUGAUUCAUGGAGCAAGAAGAGAACGGGAAUACAGAAAGAGACGCAAACGGAAAUACGGAAAAAGAUGAUAGCGAAACCGAAGAGAUGAUCGAAAGCAGCUCCAUCGGAGACUCGAACACGUCGAUUGAGAUGGAGAAGUCGGAGACCGGUCGAAGAACGAGUAUUUUCAAGUUCUACGAAUACAAGAAUGUCAGUUCAACAGAUAUGGAACCGAAGAUACCGGGACCUCUCGUUGGCGUAAUUGACGUUGGCACGCGGACCGUUCGUUUUGUGGUAUUUAACGCGAAACACGUCGCGGAAAUAGCGUCUCAUCAAAUAGACAUAGAACAAAUUAGCUCGCAGGAGGGAUGGAUGGAGCAGGAUCCGAAGGAGAUUAUUUUCGCGGUAAAAACCUGCAUUCAGGAAGUAAUGCAGAAAUUAGCUGUACUCAAUAUGGAAGACAAAAUCGUCACAGUAGGUAUCACCAAUCAGAGAGAAACCACGAUAAUGUGGGAUGCGAUUACGGGCGAUCCGCUUUACAACGCCAUAGUGUGGUCCGACAUCAGAACCGACACGAUGGUGGAUCAGAUUAUAGCGAAGUUUCCGGAUCAGAGUAAGAAUCAUCUGAAACCCAUCUGCGGUCUACCCGUGAGUCCGUAUUUCUCAGGUUUAAAAAUACGCUGGUUGAAGAACAACGUGCCGGCUGUGAAAAAGGCGAUUCGCGAGAGGCGGUGCAAAGUAGGCACCAUGGACACAUGGGUCGUUUGGAAUUUAACGGGAGGCAUACACGGUGGACUUUAUAUCACCGACGUAACGAACGCCUCGAGAACGAUGUUAAUGAACAUAGAGACGCUCGCUUGGGAUCUCACGUUGUGCAGGUACUUUGACAUUCCCAUGCAAAUGCUGCCGGAGAUCAGAAGCAGCUCGGAAAUAUACGGCAAAAUUUCGAUCAGUCCUCUGUCCGGCAUUCCUAUAUCCGGUAUCUUAGGAAAUCAACAGUCCGCUUUAGUUGGGCAAAAUUGUUUGAAGAGGGGACAGGCGAAAAACACUUACAGAAGCGGUUGCUUCUUACUGUGCAACACGGGACACACCAGAGUGCAUUCUUCCCACGGAUUGGUCACGACUGUCGCGUACCAGUUAGGUCCGAAGAGUCCACCUGUCUAUGCGCUGGAAGGUUCAGUCGCGGUCGCAGGUGCAGCCAUUAAAUGGUUGCGGGACAACAUGAAGCUCAUAAAAGACGUUCACGAAAGCGAACAUUUGGCGCAAAGUGUAUUUAGCACGGGGGACGUUUACUUCGUGCCCGCUUUCACGGGAUUAUACGCGCCUUACUGGAGAAAAGAUGCGAGAGGAAUAAUUUGCGGGCUUACCGCAUUCACCACCAAGCAACACAUAAUUAGAGCAGCCCUUGAAGCGGUCUGCUUCCAGACCAGAGAUAUUCUCGAGGCAAUGCACAAAGAUUGCGGAUAUCCGUUAACAAAGUUAAACGCAGACGGUAUAAUGUCGACUAAUAAUCUUCUUAUGCAACUGCAAGCUGAUUUGUGUGGCACGCCAGUGUUUAGAUCAAUUGUGCCCGACAUCACGGCUCUAGGCGUGGCAAUGGCUGCAGGACACGCCAAAGGAAUAGAGGUUUGGGAUUUAGAAGGCGAAGAGGUGGAAACAGUACCAACCGAUACUUUCCUGCCAACCACUACACCGGAAGAAAGAGACGCUAGAUAUAAGAAAUGGAAAAUGGCCGUGGAACGAAGUCUCGGUUGGGCGACGGUAAAGAAGUCUGAUCAAAUGACAGAUGAGAGAUUCUGCAUUCUGGCGUCCAUCCCUGCCAGUUGGUUCUUAAUGACGAGCUUCAUUCUGUUACAAUUAAGUUCGUACAUAGCAAACCGGUGACAACAAAGUAACAUUAUUAAAAUGCAAGUUACUUUAGAUGACAGGUAGUCCUGACUGCAGCUAAAAAAGACAGUCUAGCAAAGUGACUUAUAGAAGAGUUUACUCUCUCGCGUACGUAACACGCGUACGAGCAAAAGUAACAAAUUAGAAAAUGACAGGAAAGAUUGCGUUGGUGGAAAUGGAACAAUGUAACUCGGUUCGUCUUAUCAACAUUUUGUUCAGUAUUCGAAUACACGCAUAAUGUGCAGUAAAAUGACACGCAAGCUAAUACUGCAACUAUAAUGAUAAUUAUUGAUUUGAAUUUUUUACUUUAUUUUGUACAUCUGUACAUAUAUAUAUAUGUAUAUUGAGGUUCGCGAUACUUCGGCUUUAUGGGCACACGUGUACUUGCAUUUUUAUAAUUUUUAUUUAUUGCAGAAUUGGAUGCGAUUUUGCACCGGCUUCGGCGUUUGUACGUGUGAUCUUUUCUACUAUUCGUUUUCUAAUUUAGUUAUUUUCAUUACGCGUAUAAAAAAUUUAAGUUUAGAGAUGAUACUAACUCGAUAUUAUGAACAAAUGAGAAAAAGAACAGGCAUAAACACCGAGGCCGAUGACCCAAAGCACAAACUUGCAUCAGCUCUGAUUUAACAAAAAUUGCAUAUAUGUACAAUUUUAAAAUUACACAUGUACAUCAUAAACAUAUAGAUAUUUUUUAUU